GGCGGCGGCGGCAGCAUGCGGCUCCUCUUCGUGGCGGCCCUGCGCGCCCACACCGGCAACGCCGUCACCGCACACAGGAUCCGGGAUCAUCUAGAAGCCGCGGGUCACAGAUGCAUUCUGAAAGAUGCUUUCAGCUUUGAAAGCCCAUCCGAAAUCGCAAAACUAAUCUCCGCCGAGAAGUUCGAAGCAGCCCUGGCCCUUCAUCUUUACAGAGGAGGCCGACUUCUGCAGGGUCACGGAAUUCCUUUUGGAAUCAUCUUUGGUGGCACGGAUAUAAAUGAAGAUAUUUACCAUGGCGAAAAGAAUCAGGUGAUGGGGUCUGUUCUUGAAGAAGCCAGGUUUGCAGUGGCUUUUACAGAUGCAAUGAAGGAAAUGGCACUUACACAGUGGCCGUACGCCAAGGGUAAGAUUCACGUCCAAAAUCAAGGGAUUUCAACGAAGCCAAAUGCCACCUUUAACUGGACUACAUUCCUUCAAAGGGCAGGUAUUCACCAAAAUGCAGAUAAUUUGCACAUAUUUCUUCUGAUAUGUGGACUCAGACAAGUAAAAGAUCCUCUUUACCUCGUGGAUGCGAUUUCAGAAUGGCACAGAGAAGAACCCAAUGUUUACAUGGUCAUAGUCGGGCCUGAAGUUGAUCCGGUGUUUACAAGUGAAGUUAAAGGUAAAGUGAACAGGUCAGCCGGGGUGCAGCUGAUGGGGGAGAUACCUCGAGAAGAUCUCCAUGCCGUUGUGAAAAAUUGCUUUGCCGUUGUGAAUAGUUCUGUUUCUGAAGGAAUGUCAGCUGCAAUUCUAGAGGCAAUGGAUUUGGAAGUCCCUGUGUUAGCAAGGAAUAUUCCUGGAAAUGCUGCUGUCAUCCAACACGAAGUUACAGGAUUAUUGUUUUCAGAUCCCCAGGGGUUUGUGCAGCUGGCCAAAAGGCUGGUGAAUGACCCUGCAUUAGAGAAAAAAAUGGUGGCCAAAGGAAGGGAGUACGUGAGGACACAUCACUCGUGGAAAUUGGAACGACAGGCCUAUCAGAACCUCGUGCGGAAACUUCAGUGAAUCAUUGACUAUAAGGAAAAUGUGCAUGGGCUUCAUCGUAUGUCACUUUCUAUUAACUCUACCCAAAAGAGGGAUGCGGUACAAGACACGGUUCCAGUCGGUUGUGUCCAUGUCAGUAAAAUCAAACAGAUUUCAUUUUGGUCUAGUGCUCAGCCGUCGUGUGCUCAUCCAAACCCCAUGUGGCAAUGAAUUCAUCCACGUAUCCAAUCGUGCUGACCCGGAAUAUCCUAGAUUUUGGGCACCGCAAAUAUAGAGAGCGGCCCGUAAACUAACCAAGGGGAUUGGCUAAUUUUAGGAGGGUGAAAACAGAAAAUAUGCCUGUUGGUGUUGGUAAAAAAAAAAAAAAAUACAUUCUCGGCUAGAUGUCAGCCCGACUACCAAUGCGUAAAAAAGAUCACCCCCUUACCUCCUGACUGAUUAGUGACCCAGUGGCAUUAGAGGGCCAGGGGAAGAGAACUUACCCCAACAGAGUAUUUUAGUCAGGAAGAUCAUGUUCCAUUAUCUAUUUUUAUCCUAGCAUCAAAAUUCAAGACUCCUGUUUCAAUAGAAAGUAAUUGGGUUUGAUGACAGCUUGGAGCAUUAACCUUUUUCACAAACACAUUAUUAUGGCACCCCCUUCUGCGACCCAUCCCCAAUCCCUACCGGCUAACGGGUAAGCCUCACGUCCUCCACCUCAAACUCUUAAAUUCCCAUUCUCCUGCACCCCAGAUCCACAGCCCUCCCUGUGACCUGUCUCCGUAGCGCUCUAAAAUAGUUCGUUAACGCCCGUGGCUCCGUUGGUCCGGGAGAGGUGCUGGCUGUCAGCGGGGAAAGAGGGCAGUGGCGGAAGCUAAAUCUCAGCCACCACUGCACAGAGUUAAGAUGCUGCUCUCGUUGCUGCCCUAUGAGCCCCGUCUCCUGCACCUGCCUAAACUGUGGGGAUGAGACCCGGUGGAAGAGGAGCUGCGGAGAGGAUGGCCACUGCCCAUCCCCGUCCCUCUUCCAAUCUCCGUGGUUUGAUGGCCCGGCAAGUGGGGGCUAAACUAGAGAGAAAGGCACUUUUCAAGCAGAGGCAAGCGUGCUUGGGAAAACCCCCAUUCCUCCUACGUCCUGCUUUCAACGGUUUUGCAAGUUUAGGUACUCCGCAGAUUUUACUCAAUAAUUUUCAUGGCUCGCACCCUCCAGCCAUCAGACUCCACUAAGCUGGGGUAGCCUCCCUCCACUGCCCUGACCCCCCUCCCCGCUGCCCUCCACUAAGGCGGUACUUGGGAGCUGACUGUCCAACUGGCUCGUUUCACUGAACAUCUCACGGAGAGUCGGGAGAAAGUCACACUUUUGGAUUUUGUGAGGUCAUCUUCCAAGUACUUUGCAGCAGUGUUGUUAUGGGCAGAUAAAACGCUUUUUUAUCUAGUAACAUGGACGACCCAAAAGCACAUUUAAGGAAGCGCUUUGACAAGAUGGGCUCAUCCAGGGGUGCCGACACUCUGGAGGAUCAGGGCCGUUUUAAGAUGUAGAUGAGAAAAAUCUGGGACCCUCCGGGUUUCCAGCAUUCUCUAUUUUUAAAAUUCUUGGAUGUUAGUUUCUUCUUAAAAUAUACCUCAGUGCAACCUUUUUAGUUGCAGAAGAGGGAGAAACAAGUUUACAUGGAUUUUUCUUAAAGGUUCAGCGUCCCGCCGUCUGACUCUCAGGAGUUUUUAUCGAAUAAGUUAUCGCGUCCACAUUCCAGAGAGGUGAUUAUGAAAGAGUAGGUAGGACUAACGAAGGCCCUGACUUCAGAAAUCGAGGGAAUGCUAUUUCAGUGGUCCCUUGUGAUCUGCGCGCCGGGGCUUACCAGCCAGCUCGUCAUGCAAUCAUGGUAGCGUUAAAGGAUGUAGAGAAUCAAGGUCACAUUGAUCUGCAAUUUAUCCGAUUCUGAUUUUAGCGACACUGAUUUAAUAGGGGACUACUGUAUCUAAGAAUAAGAAGUCUACUGUCAAACAUUGCUGCUAAGUUUCAAAUGCUGAUUGUUUGGAGAGUUGAUUCUCUUUUCUCACUGAAUUGUACUGUAGAUGGCUGGUCUCCAUUGUACCUUCGCAUCACUAAUUUAUGUCUAUUUAAUUCGUGUGUAUGUUUAGACUCUCUUGAGAAAUUGGGAGUCUUUUAAAAAAAAAAAUAAAGAAUUUCACCAUCAGUUGCUCAGAAAAAAG